UAUUUAUAUAAAUUUAAGGGGUUCUUUUUGCAGUCUUGUGUUUUUUUUUUCCUUUUUCUUUCGUUCAUCACUGUCGUUAAUUUGUCUGAACUGAACCAUUAAACUAAGAAACCCACCUUCCAAGACACAAGCCAUCUCUUCUGGGUUUGCUUCAACCUUCAAUUUUUCUUCCUUUUCCAAUAAAUUUCAGUUUUCUACACAAGUGAUGUUUGCAAGGUUUGGAAUCAGGUUAUAGGAAUGAUUCCUAGUCGCUACAAAAACUUGUUUGGUUCCCCAGAAAAAAUUGAAAAUCAGUUGGACUCUGAUCAUGAAAUUGAAAUUAGUUCAAAGGAAAGAAAGGGACAUUUUCUGUGGAAGAAAGUGAAAUAUCAACUUGUUGAGUAUCAUCUAUUGCCUGCAUAUUUAAAGGACAAUGAGUUUAUUCAUCGCCAUUACCGCGCAGAAUGGCCAUUGAAGCAUGUUCUUCUCAGUAUCUUUCAGAUUCAUAAUGAGACUCUUAAUGUCUGGACCCAUUUGAUUGGAUUCUUUCUAUUCCUCUUUCUGACUGUAUAUACAGCAUUUAAAGUUCCAGAUGUUGCAGAUCUUACUCGUCUGCAGCAUUUUCCUGAUAUGCUCCGAAAAGCGGAUUUCCGCAAGAUUCAUUCAGAUUUGUUGGACUGUCUUCAUAAUUUGUUGCCUGAUCUUAAGACUUCUUUGCUUUCUAUGGAAUUCCUGUUGUCUCUUUCAGGAAAUGUUGUGGAAUUUCUUACACAUUGCUUGCCCGCCGGAUUCACUCAGAUGUAUUAUCCCAAUGUCAGUGUACUGCAAGGAGUUACAGAUGACAUGUCAAAUAUGAUUCCUCCACCUACCUUCGAUCCGAUAACGAGAUGGCCAUUCUUCGUUUUCAUGGGCGGAGCAAUGUUCUGUUUGCUAGCAAGCAGUACAUGUCAUCUCCUAUCGUGCCAUUCGGAGAGAAUGUCUUACAUUGUGCACAGAGUAGACUAUGCAGGAAUUGCUGUUCUCAUAACAACAUCGUUUUACCCUUCAGUCUACUACUCCUUUAUGUGCAAGCCCUUGUACUGCAACAUUUAUCUAGGGCUCAUAACAGUUUUUGGAAUUACUACCAUGGCAUUUUCGCUUCUUCCAGCGUUUCAGAAGCCGGAAUUAAGAGGGUUCCGCGCAGGUCUCUUUUUCGGGAUGGGUGUGUCAGGUGUAGCUCCUGUUCUCCAUAAGCUGAUACUGUACGGGGACCAAUCUGAAGCCAUACAGACAACAGGGUAUGAGUUAUUAAUGGGGAUUCUGUACGGACUCGGAGCGUUGUUUUAUGCUACGAGGAUUCCAGAGAGAUGGAAACCGGGGAAGUUUGACAUUGCUGGGCAGAGUCAUCAGAUUUUUCAUGUUCUGGUUGUAGCAGCUGCUUAUACGCAUUACCAAGCGGGGCUUGUUUAUUUAAGAUGGCGAGACUUGCACGGUUGCCAGAGAGUUUCAUAGUUCUGAUUAGGGUUGUACUCGAACCGGACCAAACUAAAACUGUAACUGUGGUUCCGUUAUUUAAUGAAUACUGGUUGGUCUGUAAUUGUAUAAAAGUUAUAAAAAAACGAUCAAUUAAUAUAAAUACAUAUAUUUAUAAUA